AGGACUUUGAGAAGAAUGCCCAGAACAACAUAGAAACCAUUCCAGUUGUUGGCUCCCACAACUACAACAGGAACUUCCACAACUUCCACCAAGGCAUGGACCACGAUCGGCACUUCAACCGUGGGAGGUACUUUCCACCCCGAGGGCAAGGGAAAGGCCGUGGCUGGGGCCGUGGCCGUGGCAGGGGUAGAGGAUACCGGGGCCAUAAUGAGGAUUAUUCACAGCCUCCUCCAGCCAAACCAAGUGGUGCGCAGCUGGUGCUUCCGCAAGACAAAUACUCAAAAAAUGAAACACCUGAACAACCGAAGACCAAGGAAAAGAUGAGUGCCCGAUGGCGGCGGAUACAAGGAUCGGAUAGUGAGAGUGACAGUGAGGAUAGUGAAUCCGACAGCAGUGACAGUAGUAGUGAUAGCUCAGGUAGUUCUAGUGGCAGUAGUUCUGGUAGUUCAAGUGGUUCUGACUCAGACAGCGAGCCUAGUUCAGUGGACAAGCGGAAAUCAAGCAAAGAUAUGAAGCGUGAAGGGGGUCCUGGUGACCGAAAGGGAGGGCCUUCAGCUCCAGUUAGUAGCCGGCAGAGACAGGUUUUGGGCAAACCUAUGUCGGGUAAGUCCUCACCACCACCGCCUGGUUCAUCACGGAAUCUUCCUUCCCCACAAAAGAUGAAUGCCCCAGGCAGGAGAGGCUCAGCUAGUCCUUCUAAUAAGUAUCCUUCAUCUCAUCAUAUGUCACCGCAUCAUCUACAGAAAAGGGGAUCCAGGAGUCCUCCCAGUCAUCGCCCCUGGACCCCCCCAAGCAACAGGGGUCGUAGUCCCUUUCAUAAACAGAAAGGCAAAAAAACCCCUUUUCCCAAAGGGGGCCCCAAAGGCAUGGAAGGUCCUCCACCCCAAGAUAAGUCCUCAGAGAAUACCAAAAAGUCCAUUGCAGCGUGGGAGAUCCAGAAGCCCAAUGCUGAGAGGGAGAUCUAG